AUGCCAUCCAAGGGGCCACUCCAGUCCGUCCAGGUCUUCGGGCGAAAGAAAACUGCCACCACUGUGGCUGACUGCAAGAGAGGCAAUGGGCUGAUGAAGGUGAAUGGGCAACCACUGGAGAUGAUCGAGCCUCGCACUCUGCAAUACAAGCUGCUGGAGCCUGUCCUCCUGCUAGGCAAGGAACAUUUUGCUGGAGUGGAUUUCCAGGUCCGUGUGAAAGGAGGAGGCCAUGUCACCCAGAUUUAUGCUAUCCGGAAGUCCAUCUCCAAAGCCCUGGUGGCUUAUUACCAGAAGUAUGUGGAUGGGGCCUCCAAGAAGGAAAUAAAAGACAUCCUUAUCCAAUAUGACCAAACCCUGCUGGUGGCUGAUCCUCGGCGCUGCGAGUCGAAGAAGUUUGGCAGCCCUGGGGCCCGGGCUUGCUACCAGAAAUCCUAUCGAUAA